AUGAGCGUUGACUCAGCAAUUGGUUUGAAAGUAUUUUAUGCCUUCGUGACCAGUGUCGGAUGUGUUCUCAACGUGGGUCUAUUCAUUUUGUUGCAACACUUUCAGCUCUCAUCGAAACUCACCCUAAUCCUACUCCGAAUUCAGGCAAUCGCAGAUGCAAUCAGUUGCCUUUUCAGUACUUUGAUGUGUGUACUAAAGAGCAGACAGACUGGUGAUACUGUAACCGAUCUGAUCACGUGCCACUUGUGGGACAGUCAAUUGUUCUAUUGGAUCUCUGUCGUGCUGAGUACGAGCAACCUGAUUUGGAUCACAGUAGACCGAUUGUGGGCUACUGUAUACGCAGCAACUUACAAACUCAACUUCCAUCGUUAUCUUGUCGUGUCCAGUGUGAUCACUUUUAUCUAUACCGCAUCCUUGGCCAUCCCGGUUAGUUUACUAGUGCAAUAUCGAAACGGAUCGUGUAUUGCCAUGUCCCUGGUGACUACUGAGGAUGCAUUCUACUCUAACUAUGUGCAUCCAUAUGUGUGGUUAAUAUUCUACUAUUUUUUGCCAUCGUUGGUGAUGUUGGGUGUACAUUUUCGUAUUAUCUUCUUUAUGCGACGACUGAUUCGCAAAUCGAACACGAUUAUUCCGGCCGUACAACAGCAAGAACAACGAAUUAUGCGCUCAUUCACCAUAUGCACAUACGGUUUCGCGGUCAGUUUGUUCGCCGCGCAUGCGUACGGCACGUUCUACUAUGUGGUGGAGACCACAAACACAUUGUUCUACGAACCCGGGUCGCCGAAUCAAUUACUCAGUGUAUUUUUGACCACACUGAACAGUUGUAUCAAUCCGGUCAUACUGAUUCUGACUUUGCCAAGUUUGCGUCAGAAAUCGAAAGAAUUGUUCUGCUCAUGCUGGAGGCGCAGCACUAAGAAACCAGAAGCCGGGGAAUGA